UUGGAAAAUCCUAACGGUUAUUUUGCCAUUCACAACGGCACGCAUUGGCCUUGUGGCGUUGCCAGAUCAAUGCAUUUGUUGCCAGGACAACGGUAAAUUAAAAAAAAAAAAUGACCAAAACAAAACGAAGAAUUUCUUUUAGUAAUUUUCUUGCCAUGCAAUGCGCUUGCCGCAAAUCCUUCACACUUGGCACAAACGUCUACUGCGAAUGUUUGAAAAAAGCACCGAAGGCGGCGAUAAUGCCACGCCCAGCAUCCAGGACAUUGCCGGUCGACUGGCAGAGGAACAGCAGCGACUGCGGCAGCUGGAGGCCAGCUCAGCGCCCAAGGAGAGGACAUUGCUGGUGCUGGGCAGUAAAUGUGUGGGAAAAUCCACAGCCAUCAAUAAAUUCUUCGAUCGGGAAGAGCACACAACGCGUCCCACUUUGGCCUUGGAGUACAGCUUUGGUCGCCGCAUUGGCAGUGGCCGAUCGCCCCAAGUCAUGAACGUGUGGGAGUUGGGAUCGCUGGACAAUGCCGAUCAGUUGCUGGAGGUGCCGUUGCGCACACACGGCCUGCAGCAGCUAGCAGUGUUCAUAAUGGUGGAUCUGUCGCAGCCGCAGCGCUUCUGGACGGAUCUAGAGUGCGCCUACAAGGGGCUGAGAGACACAUCUCAAGAGCUGCUGGCACGAAUGACACCGCAGCUGAGGGAAACGCUGGAACAACGAACCCUGGAGCGAGUGGGACAGCAGAAUAAGGAGGAUCUGGGCACGCUGGAGCCACUGCCCUUUCCCGUGGUGAUUGUGGGUGGGAAAUACGAUCUGUUCAUGACUCUGGAUCCGUCCCUAAAGAAGGCCAUCUGCCGCUGCCUGCGCUCCAUGGCCCAUCACAUUGGUGGCGCGUUGCUCUUCUACUCGCAGAAGGUGCCGAAGCUCUCGAAGGUGCUGCGGGACACCAUCAGCCAUAUGGGUUUCGGCUCGCCCAGCCAUCCGUUUCGCUCGCAUGUCACAGACCACAAUGAGCCGCUGUCCAUUUGGUUUGGCACCGACAGCUGGUCCCGCAUCGGCGACACGGCUGUGCAGAGUGUGGAACGCAUUGGGGCCACCUUCGGGGUGGCUGUGCCCCAACUGCAGCUGGAGAAGCAGCUGCAACAGGCGCCCCCGGAUCCGGCAAAGGAUCCGGGCUUCAAGGAGUCCCUCAUCGAUGAGAUGCGCGCCCAGAAGAACGAAGAACUGGCAACGAUCAUGAGGGAUGUUCUGCUCAGGGGAAAGUUUGAAAGUGUUCAGAAUUAAAUCUAGAAAUCCACACACUAAAUGUCAUUGUAACGUAACUCUCUCCCACUGUUGUUUGUCGAUUAUUAUACGAGUAUUAUACGAGUAAUCCUAUCAU